CUGAGCUCCGCCCUCUGGUGACGUCAUCCUAGGUCCUUGUCACUCGUUUUCUCGCUGUUGUCGCCGCUGAGGAGUUGUUCUCUCUGUUAUCAGCCAUAAGAAGGUUUUCCCGUCACUGCUGAGACGCUUCUUCUCCUGAAUGACCUUCUAAGGAUGGAUCCAGACAGGAAAGAGAUCUCUAGAAGACUAUUACGCAUCACCCUGGAGAUCAUCCGCCUGCUGACCGGAGAGGAUUAUACCAUAGUGAGGAAGACAUCGGGGGAGUCCGGAGGAUGGAGCAGGGGCCCGAACCCCAUCACAGACCCUCCACCUCACUCCAUGAUACAUGAGAGGAACAAUAAGAAGAUCCUAGAACUCAUCAACAAGAUGAUGGAGCUGCUGACUGGAGAGGUUCCUAUAAGGUGUCAGGAUGUGGCGGUCUAUUUCUCCAUGAAGGAGUGGGAGUAUGUAGAAGGACACAAGGAACUGACCAAAGACAUAGCAAUGGAUGAUUACCAGUCCCUUGCAUCACCAGAUGGAUCCACGAGCCUAAGUCCACCAGAGAGAUGUCCCCGUCCUCUGUAUACCCUGGAGGAACCUCACAAUGUCCUGAAGGAUCAUCAGGUUGAGAAUCUUAUUGGGAUUAAGAUUGAAGUCAUAGAUGAAGUAGAAGAGGAGACGGAUAUAAGAGCCGACCGUCUGAAUGGACCUGAUAGACAUUCACCCGAGAGGUGUCCCCGACCUCUGUAUUCCCAGGACUACCGGGAGGAAAAGUACGAUGUCCCACAUGAUCACCAGGGUAAAAAUCUGAUUAUCAAGACAGAGGUUAUAGAUGAAGAAGAAGAGAAGGGGAUGGAUUUACGGGCCAAUCAGCAGCAUGGAUUCAUAGGAAGAAAUCUACUAGAAAGGUGUCCCCGCCCGCUGUAUGAAUACCCGAAGGAGAAGCACAAUGUCCCAGAGGAUCACCAGGGUAAAAAUCUGAUUAUCAAGACAGAGGUUAUAGAUGAAGAAGAAGAGGAGAAGGAGAUGGAUUUACGGGUCAAUCAGCAGCAUGGAUUCAUAGGAAGAAAUCCACUAGAGAGGUGUCCCCGUCCUCUGUAUGAAUACCCACAGGAGAAGCACAAUGUCCCAGAGGAUCACCAGGGUAAAAAUCUGAUUAUCAAGGCCGAGGUUAUAGAUGAGGAAGAAGAGGAGGAGGAGGAGGAGAUGGAUUUACUGGCCAAUCAGCAGCAUGGAUUCGUAAGAAGAACUCCAUUAGACAGGUGUCCCCGCCCACUGUAUGAAUACCCACAGGAGAAGCACAAUGUCCCAGAGGAUCACCAGGGGGAAGAUCCGACUAAUAUUAAAGUGGAGGAUGAAGGGAGUAUGGAGGGUUAUCACGUGACGGAAGUGAAGGAGGAAAGUCCAGAUGUUACUCCAGAAUAUCCCUCCGAGGGAAACUUCAUGUUAUCACUCAACUAUAAAGGAGAAGAUGAAGAUAUUAUAGAGCACUCCUCCUCAGGAGAAAACCUAACCCUCGAUGUACAUCCAGGACUUCACAGUACAGAUCUGUCGUAUAAUCUCCCGAAUCACGAGGAACCUUCUCCCAGUACAAGUCACAAAAGGUGGAAAAGAUUCCAUUACGAUGAACCGUUUAGUCCCAGGUCAGAUCUUUCUUCACAGAGUAGAAUCGAGGAGCCAUUUUUCUGUUCAGAAUGUGGGAAAACAUUUAAAGAUAGAACAAGGCUUCUAAGACAUAUGAAAAUUCACACGGGGGAGAAGCCGUAUCCCUGUCCAGAAUGUGGAGAAUGCUUUAGAGAAAAAUCCUGGCUUGUAAGACAUAUAAGAUGUCACACAGGAGAGAGGCCAUUCUCAUGUUCAGAAUGUGAAAAAACUUUUAGAGAUAAAUCGAAGCUUGCUAGACACGUGAGAAUUCACACGGGAGUCAAACCUUAUUCCUGUUCAGAAUGUGGAAAGAGCUUUUCAGAUAAAUCGACUCUUAUGAUACACGGGAGAAUUCACACAGGAGAGAAGCCGUAUUCAUGCUCACUAUGUGAGAAAUCUUUCGCGCAUAAAUCGCAUCUUAUUUCACACGAGCGAAGCCACACGGGAGAGAGGCCAUUUUCAUGUUCAGAAUGCGAGAAAUGCUUUACAGAUAAAUCGAGUCUCGUCAUUCACGAGAGAAGCCACACAGGAGAGAAGCCGUAUUCAUGCGCACAGUGUGGGAAAUGUGUCCGAAAUAAAUCACAUCUUGUUUCGCAUGAGAGAAUUCACACAGGGGAGAAGCCGUUUGCAUGUCCAGAAUGUGGGAAAUGCUUUACACACAAAUCAAGUCUUGUGAGACAUGAGAGGUGUCACACAGGAGAGAAGCUGUAUUCAUGUUCAGAAUGCGGGAAAUGUUAUACCCACAAAUCAGAUCUUGUUAAACACGAGAUACGUCACCGAGGAGAUAAGCAGUUUCCGUGUUUAGAGUGUGGAAUAUGUUUUGUUACUAAAGCUGAACUUGGGAAUCAUCAGAAAAAUCACACGGGGGAGAAGCUGUUUUGAUGUUCUGUAUGUGAAAAAUGUUUUACUGGGAAAUAGAAGUAACCAUGGUUUUGUUGUUAAGCAGUAAUUUAUAAUAUGAACUGUGCCACCGCCUUUUAUUAAACAUAAACAGCGGGUGCAAUAGGUAUUGAACACGUUACCAUUUUUCUCACCAAAUAUAUUUCCAGCUGCUGCUGACAUGAAAACUUCCCAUAUACAAAGAAAAAAAAAAUAAGCCAGGGAUUAGUGUCUGUGUAAUAAUGUGAAAUUAAAACAGUGAAAAAGUAUUGAACGCACUUCCAGAUAUACGUUGUACAAAAGCCUUUGGUAAAAUCCUGAAGGUUCCGCGGGCCUCUUCUAUGAAUUAUGAACUUCAAUUCUUUCUAUAGAUUGUCAAUGGGAUAAAAAUCAUGUGGACCAUUCUAGCAGCUUUAUUUUUUUUAAUGUGUAACCAUUUGAUAUGAACAGUCCCAGUCUGCUCUCAUCUGACCGCACUAUAUUCUCCAGUAUUUCACCAGCUUUUCCAAAUGUUGUGCCGCAAACUUUACACAAGCUUCACCAUGCUUUUAUAUUCACAAUGGAAUCUUGUGUAGUGAGCGUGCAUACAGGCCAUGGUGGUGUGUGGUGAGCAGGCAUACAAUCCAUGGUGGUGUAUGGCGAGUGUGCAUAAUGACCAUAGUGGUGUGUGGUGAGUGUGCAUACAGACCAUGGUGGUCUGUGGUGAGCAGGCAUACAGGUCAUGGCGGUGUUUGGUGAGUGUGCAUACAGACCAUGGUGGUGUAUGGUGAGCGUGCAUACAGACCAUAGUGGUGAGCGUGCAUACAGACCAUGGUGGUGUUUGGUGAGCGUGCAUACAGACCAUGGUGGUGGUUGGUGAGCGUGCAUACAGACCAUGGUGGUGUUUGGUGAGCGUGCAUACAGACCAUGGUGGUGUUUGGUGAGCGUGCAUACAGACCAUGGUGGUGUAUGGUGAGCGUGCAUACAGACCAUAGUGGUGAGCGUGCAUACAGACCAUGGUGGUGGUUGAUGAGCGUGCGUACAGACCAUGGUGGUGUAUGGUGAGUGUGCAUACAGACCAUGGCAGUGUAUGGUGAGCGUGCAUAUAGACCAUGGUGGUGUAUGGUGAGCGUGCAUACAGACCAUGGCAGUGUAUGGUGAGCGUGCAUAUUGUUUUCUUGAAGACAACAGUACCGGCUAAGGCUGCAUUCACAUUUCGUUUUUGCAACACGGUUCCCAUAUCAGGUUUUAUGUAAAAAACAGUAUGUCUCAAAACCGGACCGAACCGUAUACAACCGUAUACAACCGUAUAUACUUCUGUAUGGUUUUAAACCGUAUACGGUUUGAAAACGGAUGUCCGGUUGCAUAUGGUUUAAUACGUUUUUGGGGGAAAAACGGAUACUGUUUUAUGUUUGUCCUUAAUUAAAUAAAGUUCUUCUUGUUCUAUUUGUGGGAAGAACUUUCGGCGCGCAUUGCACAUGUGCAAACUGCAAAACCAGAUGGUGCAAACCGGAUGGAACCGUAUGCACAUACACCAUUUAAAAAAAAAUAAUAUGUAUACGGGUUGUAUCCGGUUCUUCACCAGGACAUAAAACCGUAGUCGACUACUGGUUUGUGUACGGGAAAAAAACAAAUAAAACCGUAAAUGAUGCAAAACGUACACAACCGGAUGCUACAUCUGGCGUAUGGUUUUCAAUGACAUGUUUAUACGUACGGUUCUUACACUGAAACCCGAUACUGGAACCGUAUUGCAAAAACGAGAUGUGAAUGCAGCCUAAUUCCAGGUCUUUUUGAAGCGCUCCACUAGUGUCCUCGGCUCUGGGACAAUUCUCCCAAUUUAUUGUUUCUGAUCAUAUUUUUUGUGAGGAGCACCUGAUCCAGGCAAAUUUAUGGUGAAAUGAUCGUCUUUCCACUUCUUUAUUAUGGCCCCAACAGAUCUCACCGGUACAUUCAAAAGCUUAGAAAUGCUCCUGUAACCAACACCAUUGUUGUGUUUUACAACAAUUCGGUUGUGAAGGUCUGGAGACGGCUCUUUGCUUUUCCCCAUCAUCAGAUGUGUCUUGUCUGACACCUCGGCAAUGAGACCUUUUAGAAGCCAUCACUUGGGACUGACCCUGCAGAAAGUAGGAUUGCUUAUUUAAUUAUUGAUAGAUUUCAGCUGUUGUCUUGGCUUUCCAGGCCUUUUUGCAUCUCCUUUGCAUUUCUUUGUGUAUUUUAUACAUUUCACAUAACACAUAAUUUCUGACCUUAUUUGUUUUGGUUUCUUUGUUUAUUUGAAUUACUUGAGUUGUCGCCAACAUCUGGGGAACAUUUGAUGGCAAUAGCUGCUGGAAAUAUAUUUAGUGAGAAAAACGGUGACGUGUUCAAUACUUAUUUCACCUGCUGUAAAUCAUGUCCUACAUUAAAGCGUAACCAAGACGUAUGAUAUGAAUUAACAUAUCAUGAAUAAAUCUGCUUUGAUAACAGCUAAACAUUUUAAUGAA